GAAAAAAAAAAAAACGAAAUGUUCAAUUAAAUUAAAAAAAGUUAAAAUCUUCAAAAGAAAAGUGUGUGUUUGUGUUAAAAAGUUUUAAACUUUCAAGUAAAUGUAAAUAGAACCUUGAAAAUGUAGAAAAUUACAAGGAAUUCUAAACGUUAUAGCUUAAAAGAAAUAAACAAAGUAAUUGCUAAAGUUAUAAGAGCUAAAAAAAAAACAAAAAAUUUUUACAAGUAUUUAAAAAAAAAAAAACCUUGAAACUGUUUUAAUAUUUAGGGUUAGAUAAUCCUUUUAUUUAUUUUUUGUUCUUAAUGUUCAUUAUCUUUUUUGGCCAAAAACAAAGCAAACUAAAACUACAGAUAUAAAAACAAGCAAACAAACAACUACCUUACAUAGCACAAUGACCAAACCACCCUCUGAUACCAGUGGCUUAGGCUAUGCCUAUCAUUUGCCUUCUGGCGGACUGCUACUGCGUUUAAAAAACUCCCUCUCUCAAUUUAGUGAUCUAUUUAGUGAAUUUAAUAAAUAUAUAGCACCAGCAUAUCAUCAUGAUCGUUGCGAAAGAUCGGUACAUAUGCGUUUGUAUUCGAUGCAUAAAAGAGAAUUUGUUAUGGUAUUCUUAGGUUUUUUUACGUGUUUUGGUUUGGGCAUUAUUAUUGGCCUGACUGGACCACCCAUUACCAGCACCACAGAAAUAACUGCAAAAACUAUAUUAAAUCGUACUUCUCUGGCUAAUUCGUCAAAUGUUCUGGCCACGGGACCGUUUGCCAUGAAAUCACCUCUAAUGACUACGUAUUCGCAGCAAUUGUGGUUGAUUGCCAAAUUGGUAACUAAUAAUAACGAUGAUGAAAAAUAUGACAAACGUUUCUAUGUCAGUGUGGCCAUUGAUGGCAUUACCGAGCAGCAUAAACCCUUGAGUAUUUUAUCUUCAGCUAAUUUGCACAAUAGAACACGUCAUUUAUCUUGUAAUCGCAACGACUGUGAUGAAUUCACUAUAAUGCAUUUGGGUUUCUUGGAAUAUGCUCAUUAUAUUAUAACGGUGCGUUUCUUGGGUUUGGAAUCAUUUCAUCAGAAAUAUAAUAUAACGGGUAUAACUUUUUAUUUUAAAACUUAUAGUCCGGAAUUUACUCAAAUCGAAAUCUGGUUUCGUUUUAUAUUUCUGUUAUUUACUUUUAUUGUUAUUUGUUGGUAUGCUCAUACCUUGCGCAAGUAUCCGAUUUAUGAUUGGUCUAUAGAACAGAAAUGGAUAUCGGUUUUGCUGCCAUUAUUGUUGCUGUAUGAUAAUCCCUUCUUUCCCUUAAUAUUUCUUAUGAACUCUUGGCUGCCGGGUAUGUUGGAUGCAGUAUUGCAGGCUACCUUUUUAUGUGCUCUGCUAAUGUUUUGGCUCUGUAUCUAUCACGGACUAAGACAAAAUGAACGAAGAUUUGUAAGAUUUUAUUUACCCAAAAUUAUCGUGGUUUUGCCCAUAUGGCUUUGUGCCAUAGUAUUGGCCACUUGGGAGAAAUGUAAUGAACUAAAAGAUCCUACUUAUAGUCAUUUUGUGGAUACCAAAAAUUAUAAUGGUUUUAAAAUGUUCUUCUAUAUUGCGGGAUUAAUGUACAUUUUAUAUUUGGCCAUGCUAAUACUAAGAGCUUAUACAGAACUAAGAUCAAUGCCAUUUUUUGAUAUGCGUUUGAAAUUUUUAACUUUAUUAAUGUUAUUCGUUAUAACGAUUACCAUAACGGUGACUACUUGCCGUUUUGGUUUUGGCAUAUUGGAGGAUAAUUUUGUGGCCUCUUUGAAUACCACCUACAGAAGUUCAGCACAGUUUAUGUGUUUCUAUGGUCUAUUAAAUUUCUAUCUAUUUACAAUGGCUUAUGUUUAUGCUCCUAAUGGUCGUUUUUCUCAAGCUGAAAUAUCUGUUACUAAAGAUAAUCCUGCCUUUUCCAUGAUCAAUGAUUCGGAUGAAGAAGUGGUUUAUGGCUCGGAAGAUGAAUCUCGACGUCCCUUAACUGUAGCUGGUAAAAACGAUUACGAUAGCGAUUAGUUAGUACUUACAAUAUAUUAAAAUUCAAUUUACAAUUACUUAUUGAAUUAUUAUUUUAAUUUUUUUUAUUUUAAAUUUUUUUUUUACGUUAUUGUAUGUAUUAUCCCUCUAUCAUCGACAUUGUACAGUUCUUUUAAAAUCUAUUCCUAAAAAAAUUAACAUUAGUUUUUAUUACAUAUUCCUAUAAUUAUUUAAGUGUAAAAUUAUAAAUUAUAUUAAUUAAUGUUUAAAAUAAUAAAUAUGCCAUGGUAUUACA